AUGAUAACAGUACCCUCGACGGCAUCCUCGACCGCCAUGUCGGCCACUACCUCCACCGCCAACACGGCGACCACUACUGGUAACACAUCACCGGCCACGACCAGCAGUGCUGCCCCAACCACAUCAUCCACACCUACGACGACAUCGCCGACGACUUCGUCAUCAUUCACAAGUACGACUACGACCACCAGCCCAUCUUCAACCACCACGACCACGACCACAUCUUCGACACCGAUCACGACCACAUCGCCCACGAGCACCACUCCGACCGCCACUGCCACAACAACUCCAGUCUCGACCCAGAUCGUGUUUACCACUUCGACGGUACCACCCACGAGUGACAGCACUUCUUCUACAGCAUCGCGCACGAGUUCGACGACCUCCGCAAGUGGCACGACUAUCGCGACGGGAGGUUCCAGCGCAUCACCGUCGUCCUCGGGCGGUCUCAGCACCGGCGCCAUCACCGCCAUCGCUGUGGUGAUUCCCAUCGUCGUCGUCGCCGUCCUGAUCAUCGUCGGUAUCCUCCUCUGGCGCAAGCGGAAACAGAACAAGGCCGCAGAAGAGGCCCGACGGAAAGAAGUUGAAGACUACGGCUACAACCCCAACAACGACCCGACCCUGCCCGCCAUCGGUGCCGUCGGUAGCGAUGCCGGCCACGAGAUGUCUGAAGACCACAGCGGCGGAUACCGCGGCUGGGGCGCAGCUACCACCGUCGCCGGCGCCGCCAGCAGUCGCAAAUUGUCCACCACCCUCUCCGGCGGUGGCCACACCCAAGGCCAAUUGUCCGACGCCGGCAGCAACAUGUACGGUCCCUCCGCCCACUCCCCCGGCUACGACGCCCACAGCGGCGACCCGCUCAUGACCCGUGACCCGCGCCGCGAGACCAUGUCCAGCGAAGAAAUGGGCUCGAUGGGCCUAGGUCCGAUCGCCGGCGGCGCAGCCCUCGGUGGUGGCGCCGCCGCCGCCGCCGCCGCAGCAGGCCACUCCGCCACCAAUAACAACAACAACGGCGUGCGCCGCGGCCCCUCCAACGCCUCCUCGACCUACUCCGCCGCGGCCGGCGUCGGCGGCGCCCGCUCCGACGUCUCCGACGACCGCCCCGACCUGCCCAUCGGCCAGGCCUACGACUACAACAGCGGCUACGGAUACACGCAGCACGGCCCCUACGGCGACGGCACCUACGGCGGAAACAACGCCCCGAACGACCCCGGCAUGCCCGUCGUCCGGGACGUCUCGGCGCGGAGGAACACGCGCAUCCAGCAGCCGCCCGUGGGCAAUUACCCACAGGGCAACGCGGGCAUCUCGCAGAAUUUCUAG